AUGUCGGCGACAAACAGCAAAAAGAAGCGCCGCGUAUCCGGGGAGAAGAAGCAGCCUACAAUCCAGGAGUCCUUCGGCAGGCAGCAGCAGGCCGGCGCGCUGCCAGCGCUGCGCGCUGUGCUGGAGGUGCGCGCGGCGCCGCGGCUGGUGCCCAACGUGUUUUUGGAGGAAGCCCUGAAGGUCCACGAGAUGUACAAGGAGCAGCAGGGCGAAGCCAGCCGGGCCAUCGCCCAGGCCUCGCACCUCAGGCGGAGCGGCAGGCAGCGGGCACGCAGCCGCCGCUACUCAGACGACCCAACCCAAGCCGCGCCGGCGCUGAUGAGGCGCAAGGAGCCGUCCCACACCCUAUGUGACGCCCCCGACGCGGACGACGAGGAAGGCGAUGCCGCGGGCGCCGCGGCAGGGUUUUGCGGCGAGGGAGGGGACGGCGGCGACGAGGCUGCAGCGGGGGCCGAGGAGGACGAGCACGAGGUGGACGCGCAGGACGAGUACAGCCGGGCGCUCUGCGCGCGCUGGCAGGGGCACGCGUCCUCUUUCGUGAAGCAGGUGUCCAAAUGGGUCAGCCCAAACUGGAUGCUGCCGCUCGCCCUGCAGGAGUGCCUGGUGCACUUUGUGGCCAACCACGAGCUGCACACCACCGACCCCGGCCUCAGCCUGCGCGCGCUGGACCUGCUGCAGCGGCUGGCUGCGCAGCACCCGCACACCAAGUACAUGCCCGCCGAUGAGGACCUGCCCGCACGCGUCUGCGUCCACUCUGAGCUGUGGCACCCCCUCUACCGGGAGUCCACCCUCUCCGGCCGCCUGGGCGCCACCGGAUUCCAGCUCCUCUACCGCCUGGCCGCCUCCACCCUCAAGCUCGCCACGGGCGCGCCCGACGGCUCCUCCUCCGGCGGCGCGGCCGGCGGGUCGGACGGCGGCGCGGAGGACGCCGCGCGCGCGGUGGGGCGCCAGGGGCGCGCGCUGCUGCUGCACUAUGUGGCGGUUGUGCUGGAGGCUGACCUGGCGGCGCGGCUGCGGGUGCUGCGCGAGGCCAAGGCGUCAGACGACGGCGGCGCGCGCGCGGCGGAGACGGUGCUGCAGGGGGCGCUGCUGUGGCGGCUGCUGCAGGACGACAACAGCUGGGUGGGCAUCCAGGGGGACAAGGUGCACCUCAUACGCGCUCUGGCCCAGCUCGCAGUCGCCGGCCGCGCAGAGCAGGCCAACGGCGUGCUGCCCCAAGCGGCGCAGCCGCAGGCGCCGCCCAAGCCGGGGGCGGCCGCGCCGCUGCCGACCCCUGUGCCGCUGCGGCUCGAGUCCCUGCGCGCCCUGGGGACGCGCCUGCUGCGGCUGCUGCUGGCGCUGCUGGGGGCCGCGGAGGGGGCCGGGCUGUACUCGGACAGCGCGCGUCAUCGCGCACGCGCGCAGGGUGCCAAUGACCGCGCGCAGGCUGACAAGGCGCUGCUGGGCGUGCUGGUCGGCACGGACGUGCCUCUGUCGCUGCGGCACCCCCUGACCAAGGGCGAGCUGCUGGCCGGCCUGGCGGGCCGCGACCGCGUGAGGCUGCUGGCCAUGAUGGUGGCGGACGUGUACAGCAAGAGCUGGAAGGCCAAGCACCCCAGCCGCCACCUGGAGGAGCUGCACGAAUACACACUGGACCAGGUGGGGGGGUGA